CUGGUGGUACAGUGACCUCCUCUUCACGAGGCGAGUAUCCUAUCGCCCUUGGGUCCUCCGUCAAUUUCGGGUCGUCUUCCUCCUAGGUUUCCGGUCAAACCGCUCCCAUGCAGGCUACACCGAGUCCCUCAGAGGCUGGCGGAGGAUACGCAACGCGGAGAGGCCAUGCGUCCCACCUGUCGAUUAGUGACCCGAGUCACCAUGUCACGGAGGCCAUUGGUCAUAUGUACGACGAUGAUUACGACAAAAGGAACUCCCAGCGCCUCAGCUAUAUUUCCUCACCUUUGAGCGAAUCGAUCUCAAUAAUUCCCCCGAAUCUUGCCGGCGCUGCAUCCCCUACCUCACCGCAGUCGAUACAAUUGCAGAACCAUUUAAAUGCAGUCAACAAUCAUCACCCCGUGAACGGACAGUCCCGGCCGCCCACUGAUGGGGCCACUUCUUUGAAUAGGGAAAGUAGCAGUCCGGCAUCACCUACCUCAACCACAUCUCCUGGAUCAACAGACACCGCCACCACAUCUUUCCCCCUCAACGAUAUCGACUACGAGUCUGACCCUGCUGCUGUGGCCCAAGAACUUAACAAUCUAGCCGCCAUCCGACGAAUGUCCAUGGAUGUAGCUGCCACGGGCGACCCCGACCUUCCGAGCUUCAACUCCGACUUCUCCGUACCACCCUCCCCAUCCGCCGACGAAAAUGACGCUGCUCGAUUAUUUUGGGUUCCUGCACGCCUGCAUCCGGAGUUAGCCCCCAAGGAGUUCAAAUCAUUCCUCGAAAGUAAGACGGAACAAAUAAAGCGGAGAUCUGGCGACUUCAACUCCCUAGGGCCGGAACGCCAAGGGUCAACCGGAGGUCUUAGGCGGAAAAAGUCUAUGUUGUCUAGGCAAAUUGACAAUUCACAUGGCUAUACGGAUGGCGCAGAACGGUUAGAGCGAAAACGAUCUCAGUCGAGAAGGGAUCCUCUGACCCCUAAUCUACAAGAAUUGGAGACCUUGGUAGAUAACUCUAAGCCGCGAAGUACGAGUCCUGUUACAUUGUUAAAUGAAAUUCAGAACCUCGGAAUCACGGCAGACGAAGACAGGCCAAUCCUUCCGCCUGCGCCCCUGGGUCACAGUCUUAGACGAUCCACGAGGACGCAAUACAGAAAGGCGGGAAGUUUGAAGAAGGGUGAAAAGCUACCCUAUUCCAAGCGAUUCGCAAAAGCCUCCGAUGUGAAGGAGGGCGCCUCAUCAACUGCCAAUUCCUUUGGUGAGCAGGCGACCUCGGGUCUCGCCCGAGUGUCAACCGAUCCCACUCCCAGCAUAACCCGAAAUCAGGCCUCGGGGAUACCAGCUCAGUCCGCAGCGUCACCGUCUAACGAAACAACCAGCUCCGCGCUUGAAUCUGUCUCGGACCAGCUGCAGUCUGGAAACGACCGGCCAAGUGAGCCCUCAAUGGCGGAAUCCGGGGGCAAGACAAAUACAUCCUCCCAGACACGUCAGUGGCACUCGCGCCUCAGCUCAAACGGGCGGUCAACUUUGAACAUCCCACCUACAGAACAAAAAAUUCCAGAAAUCAUCGAAACUCCUCCGCCGGAAACUAGCGCAGCACCUACGACCCCUACCUCACUGUCAAGUGCCACCUCUGGGCGCGGAUUAACUCAGGACUCCCCAUCAUCCUCGCUGCGCCCGCGAAGGGAUCAGGCUCUACCGGGCAAUAGCACCCGGACAGAUAGUCUUUCGUUUAUUCCUACCUUGUCAGAGGAACGCAAGCCGGAACCGAAGAAAUCGAAGGACAAGAAGGAGUCAGAAGGUACCCGCAAGUCGAGCUGGCACUGGCUGUUAGGCAGCGAGGAAAAAGAUAAGGACAAGGAUAAAGAAAAGAAAAAGGACAAGGAGAGCGAUGCUAAGAAGAUAAAAGCCAAACUGGUUGAUAAAGUCCAUGAAACAGCAAAUGCUCUCCCGUCUUCUAACGAUUCAGGGCAACGUGGACGUGAAAGCCUUGUAUUGGACCGGCUCGACCCUAAAUUGGAAGAGGAACGUCGAAAGGACCAUGUUAGAAGGACCUCGGGAGAGUCGAAGAAAGAGAAGGAGUCCGGCUUGUUCUCUUCAUUAUUUGGAGGUGGCAAGAAAAAGAGCAGCACUGAUAGCAAUCAUAAGAAAAGCUCAUCUCGGACCUUGUCUCCUGAUCCGCCACCACGGGAACUUCGACCUGAUGUUGAUUAUCCUUGGACCCGUUUCACCAUUCUGGAAGAGCGAGCUAUUUACAGAAUGGCCCACAUCAAGCUUGCGAAUCCCCGACGCGCGUUGUACUCUCAAGUUCUGCUCAGCAACUUCAUGUAUUCGUACUUGGCCAAGGUACAACAAAUGCAUCCUCUAAUGCUCGCUUCGUCAGCAUCGCAGAGACAUCAGAAGACAAGGGACCAACAGGACGAUUAUUCAGGAUAUCAGCAAUACCAAGAGGCCCAGAUGCAGCACUACAGCGAUAGUUCCUACGAUGAUCCUCAAAUGUAUGAAUAUGGUGAUGACUCCCAUGAUGCUUAUCGACAGCAUACACGUGGUAGCAAAAAUGGCUAUGAAAACGGGCAUGCCUACGGUCCCGGACAUUAUCAGUAUGGAAACUCGACAUUCGGUGAUGAUGUCCAGCUAGAUGAUGACGAUGAUGAUAUGUGGUGA